CUGCCCCGUCACGAUGCCUGCUAUCCGAAGAAGCCUGCAGGCACCCAGGCCCGACAAGCCUUAUCUAACUAAAGGCCAUAAUAUAAUCCCUAAGAUUGAAGAAGCUCUUAGGCGAAAUAAGGGCAAGGGCAAUAUACUCUGUAUUAGGAUAGCAAUCUUUAGUUAUAAGAUCCUCCUGCCUAUAUACUAUAUAGAGGGGUAUAGCCAAGCAGGAGGGAGAGGGGGUUCCUUAGGGCCCUUAACGGCGGCUUGCAUAACGAGUGGCUUAAGGAUAUCUGGUAGCAGGCCAAGGAGGUACUGGAGAAGACCGAGAACCUGUGAGGAUAGAAGCGGGGUAAUCGCGGGGUUCUGUAGAGGAAAAAUGUAUUGA